GGAAGAUCUCGACUUCAACUCUGUCUUCUGAUUGAGGGCACCAAUUGGCUUCGAGCUGAUGCUUCCUCUUGCUUCUCGCCCAACAUUUGGCUCAACAUGGUGUGCUCCUUGAAUCGGAGGCAUCGGCGUUCUGAGUUUUGCUGGGAUAGGGCUCGCUGCAGGAUGACGAAUUGCAGCUGUUUGACUGGCCGUCUUCUCCCCCGCGUUCGGGACCUGUUCCUGGUCUCGCUUGCUCAAGGCUGGACGCCCGUGCCACACACCUUCUUUUGUUAACUGACCAAUGACCUCCCAUUGCUCAACUGAGCGCCACACCUCUGGCCGUGUGGGCUGUUCCCGCCCUGCCGUUUCCAAGGCACGGAGAACGGAGGCAGCAACAAGGCGGACAACCGAGCGAUGUCAUCCAGCCCCAACCUUAUCUGCACAUAGCUCCUCUCUUCACUUCAUCUCGACAUCACCAUAGGUCUCUCAUUCUUCAACGACCCAUUCCGCCGUCUGUUUUGCGGUUCUCUCUCUCUCUCUUCCAUCACUAUCGAUAGCUGCGGGGACCUCGUGACAACACCUCGCUGGCCAUGUCAUAGGCCAAGGCGACGAUAAGCACCAUCCCUGUUGUCCCUCGGCGGACGGCAAGCAAUAGCUUCUUCCCACCGCCCAACCAUUCAACCCAACAGCGCCUAAAAUCCAUCGACAUCUCGAGUGUCAUCAUGUCAGACUCGGAAACGACGCCGUUUCUGGCUGCGUUGAGCAGUCCGAAAGCCGCCGAUCCCGAUGCGCGAGUGAUGGACGAACAAUCAGAAUCAACACCUUUAUUAUCGUCAAGCGCAACUCGGCGCUACGAUGGCGAGAAUGAUGACGUACGAGACGAGACAGCAUCUGUUGCUGCUGGCGAGACGGACGCCGUCUCGGUCAAAUCGACAAAAGACAGAUCAAUACCGAAGCCUUCACUGAUCGCUGUGAUUGUACUGUCACUCUUUGCGCUUGGGAUUAUGAUUGGGGCUUUCUUUGUGCCCGCCGCGGUGGAGGAGUACGCCAAACAAGCGAUUGUUCUUGAACCGACGAAUCUGUCGCUGGUGUCCAUCACGACCAACGGUGUACGGGCCAGAAUCCAGGCGAAUUUCCGCCUGGAUGCGCAGCGUGUGGAAAACGAACAUGUUAGACGGGUGGGCAAGACUGCUACAUGGCUGGUUGGAAGUAUCGGGACGGAGGAUACCAGGAUCAAUGUCUACCUGCCAGACUACGACAACAUCUUGCUGGGAAGUGCGGCAGUCCCUUCGAUGGAUGUUAGUAUCGCCAACGGCCAGAACAACGCGGUGGACUUUGUUGCCGAUCUCAUACCGGGCGACGCUGAGGGUAUCCGAACGAUUGCCAAUGAGUGGUUGGAAGGAAGGCUGGAUACGGUUCGGGUGCUGGGAAAGGCUGAUAUUCAGCUGAGGGCGGGAAUGAUUCCUCUCGGAACGCACUCUAUUGCUGAGUCGUUGACACUUGAAGGCCACGACAUGCCCCAGCUGCCCGCUUAUAACAUCACCAAGCUUAACUUUAAAGAGAUUCCCGUGCUUGAGCGAAGCACGUCACACGCUGAGCGGUGGGCCAUGGGUGUGGAGGUCACCAUCAAAGCCUUUAACGAGUACCCAAUCUCGGUCGAUAUCCCCGAGCUUGGAUUCGAGAUUCUUGUCCCCGGAUGUGGAACAAAUGACGCUCCCAUUGUCAUUGCGUCCGCCAUUACUCACCGCACCUCUGUCAAGUCCCGCUCCGAAGUUGCUGUCGAUGCCGAUGGUGUUGUCGACAAACUGCCUGAACCUUUGACUCGCGCUUGUCCCAACUCCAACUCUUCACCGCUCGAUUUGCUCUUCGCAAAGUUCCUUGGCAAUGAAACAACGACCGUGCUUGUUCGAGGCCGACAGAAGCCCGGCGGCGACACACCAGCCUGGCUUGCUGAUGUCUUGUCCAGCAUCACUGUGCCUGUGCCAUUCCCAGGACGAUCGUUUGAAAACAUGAUUCGCGACUUCUCCUUAACGGAUGUUCACUUCAAGAUGCCAGAUCCAGCAGCCGAGCCUGACGACCCCGAAUCCAACCCAAGAGUGUCGGGCACGAUUCGGGUCAUCGCAGGGCUUCCGGCGGAGAUGAACUUUUCUCUCAAUGUCACCAAUGUUCGGGCCAACGCCGACGUUUUCUACAAGAAGGACAAGCUUGGAGAGCUGAACCUCAAAGAGUGGCAACAAGCAAACUCGACCCAGUUCCCCGCUACUGAUGGCGGGGAGGCUACCCUCAAGAUUCAGUCUCGGAUUGUCGAUGCACCACUCAACGUGACAGACGCCGAUGUCAUGACUGAUGUGAUCGCAGCUUUGCUUUUCGGAGGAAAGGGUGUUGAGCUCGACAUCAACGCGCUCGUCGAUGUCCAGGUGCAGACAGUCCUCGGUGGCAUCGUUGUCAAGGGGGUGCCCGCCGAGGGUAAAAUCCCAGUUAAACCUCUUGGAAAGAACCUCCCCGGUCUUGCGGAACCCAAAGUUGGUAACAUUGAAAUUCUCGACACAACGCCUGAUUCGAUUUCACUCCGUGCUUUGGUCAACAUUACCAAUCCUACGCCUUAUACAGCACAUAUUCCUUUUAUCAGCAUUCGUUUUGAAAAGAACGGCACCACGCUGGGAGAAGCCCAGGCAGAGAAUCUUGACCUUGGUCUCGGAAACAACACCAACAUCCCCGUCUUUGCCAGGUGGAAUCCCAUCCUCGGCGGCAAGAAGGACGGUCCCAAAGUCGGCCGGGAGCUCAUCUCUCAGUAUCUGUCGGGGUACAACACCACCAUCACGAUCCGCACCCACGCUGGCACGAUCCCCUCUCUCCCCUCCUUGGGGGCGUCGCUCUCGAGAUUAAACUUUACGCUCGACGCACCGAAGCUUUCUCUGCCCGGCAAGUCGGAAGACGACAAGACGCACUUUAUUCGGGAUGCAACGUUUCACCUCUGGUCGUCGACGGCGCAGUUUACGCUUGUGAGCCCGCUGAAAAAGAAUAUGCUUUAUAUAGAGCAUGUCAACGCCACGGCGCUGUAUAACCAUACGGAAGUGAUCGGGACGAUUGUGUAUGACUUGCCGUUUGCGGCGCCGCCGGGGGAGAGCAAGACGCCGAGGUUGCCGGUGGCGUGGGAUUUGGACAGUGUGGGGUAUGAUAAGGUCGAGGAGGCGCUGGGGGGGAGGAUGAAGCUGGAUGCGAGGGCGGUGGUGGGGGUUAGGUUGGGGAGGUGGAGGGAGAAGGUUUGGUAUUGGGGGAGGGGGAUUGGGGCUGCGGUUAGGUUGUAAUUUUCGGAGGAGGAUGGUUUGAUUUGCAUAUUUGGGAAGGGACUGGGAUGGCGUUUGGCUUUUGUGGAGUUAUGUAACUGGGGGGGCUAUGAAGGGUUUGCUUGAUUUGGGGACACGAUGAGACGACAGGGAGAGUAAGUACAGGAUGGAUAUCAGACCUACAAUGAGUAUCAGGGGGUGUAUAUGGAUUGGGUUCGGAGUACACAGUUGUCUUUCUCUUUGCUUUUUUAGGGAUACAAUGGCAUGAAUACAGAGCAGUCCUUUCCUUUGAUCACACCCCA